AUGACCGCUUCAGUGGUCUCUGCUUACGUUCGCAACAACUCCUUGCCGACCCAAGACGUUACCGGGCUGAUCGGGUCGGUUCAUCGUGCCUUGACGGAUCUCAGCAGUUCGGCGUCCGAACCCGAGGUCCCGACACCUGCGGUGCCGGUCAACAAGUCGAUCCAGCCGGACCAUCUGGUCUGCCUGGAAGACGGUCGAAAGCUGAAAAUGUUGAAGCGUCACUUGCGCACGACCUAUGGCAUGUCGCCCGAGGACUAUCGUGCCAAAUGGGGGCUGGCGGCCGAUUACCCGAUGGUGGCGCCGAACUACGCCAAACAGCGCUCGGCCUUCGCCAAGCAGAUCGGCCUGGGCACCAAGGGCGGACGCCGCAAGAAGCGCAAGUAG